CCUUCCCCCGCCCCUCCCGCCGCUCUAGCGCGCGGCUCUGGAUCCCAGCUGGCUGCGGGUGUUGGUGGGUCCCGGUGAGGUGCCCGAGGCGGGGCACGCGUUGUGCCGCAGCCGCCCGGACUCUGCGGGGCCGAGACAGCGAGGCGGCCGGGCCCGGCGAGGGCUGGAGCUCACCUGGCCCAGCGGCCGCCCCCCGCACCCGGGAAGUUGGAGAAGCCGUAACUCGGAGAGACGGAGGACGGACGCCGCCAGGAAGCUGGACUUUGUAGAUCAUGUGGUGCAUGGGAACUGAAUUGAAAAUGGAAUUUCUUCACCUGAAUUGAAAGGCUUUAUAACAUUCAGCAUCCAGUAAACUCCUGUUAUAUUCGAGACACUGUGCUAUGCACUAAAAAACCAAGCAAUGGAAGCUUUUCAAAAGUUGACAUAGGCAUGUCUCACGUUAUCUGAUGUGAGUGAUACCCCGCCCAAGAAGCAGAAUUCAUUUAUUGCCUUGCACAUGUAUAAGGAUGCCUUAGAAAAAGAACCAUGGAUAAAUACUGUAAAAUCCAAAAGAUUGGGGAAGGAUCCUUUGGAAAAGCCAUUCUAGUUAAAUCUAGGGAAGAUGGGAAACAAUAUGUUAUGAAGGAAAUUAAUAUCUCACGGAUGUCCAGUAAAGAAAGAGAAGAAUCAAGGCGAGAAGUUGAAGUAUUGGCAAACAUGAAGCAUCCAAAUAUUGUCCUAUAUAGGGAAUCAUUUGAAGAAAAUGGCUCUCUCUACAUAGUAAUGGAUUACUGUGAAGGAGGAGAUCUGUAUAAACGAAUAAAUGCCCAGAAAGGUGUGUUGUUUCCAGAAGAUCAGAUCAUGGACUGGUUUGUGCAGAUUUGUUUAGCGCUGAAACAUGUGCAUGACAGAAAAAUACUUCAUCGAGAUAUAAAGUCACAGAAUAUAUUUUUAACCAGAGAUGGAACGAUACAACUGGGAGACUUUGGAAUUGCUCGAGUUCUUAAUAGUACCCUCGAGCUAGCACGGACGUGCAUAGGAACGCCAUACUAUUUGUCACCUGAAAUCUGUGAAAACAAACCUUAUAAUAAUAAAAGUGACAUCUGGGCUUUAGGCUGUGUCUUAUAUGAGAUGUGUACGCUUAAGCAUGCAUUUGAAGCUGGCAAUAUGAAAAACCUGGUACUGAAGAUCAUCUCUGGAUCUUUUCCUCCUGUUUCCUUGCAUUAUUCCUAUGAUCUCCGUAGUCUACUUUCUCAUUUAUUUAAAAGGAAUCCUAGGAAUAGACCAUCAGUCAACUCCAUAUUGGAGAAAAGUUUUAUAGCCAAACGUAUUGAAAAGUUUCUUACACCUGAGCUUAUUGCAGAAGAAUUUAGGCGUGGAGCAUUUCUCAAAUUUGGAGCUCAUGUACCAGCCAAAAGACCAGCUCAGGGACAGAUCUUUGCAUCUCCUGCUCCUGCACAGAAAAUUACAAAGCCUGCUGCUAAAUAUGGAGUGCCUUUAACAUAUAAGAAAGGGGUUGAAAUGCCUAAAAAAUUCCAUGAAAAGAAGCCACCUUCAAGAUACAAACAGGCCCAACAAACUCCAUUGAAGAAAGUGAAUCCUGGAGAAGAAAGGAGGAAAAUGUUAGAGGAGUUAGCAAUGAGAAGAAAGUUGGAAUAUCAUGAAAAAGAAAAAAAACAAAGGGAACAGAUUAAUUUAUUGAAACACGAACAUAUGAAAAGACAAGAUAAAGAAAGGAUGGAACAAAUAAAUAGGGCCAAGGAACAAGGAUGGAGAAGUGUUCUAAGUUGUGGUGGAAGUGGUGAAGUUAAGGCUUCUUAUAUUGGUGGUAGAAGGGCAGCAGCACCAGGUCCUUUUUCUUCUCGAGGACCGUAUGAACAUUACCAUGCUAUUUUUGAUCAAAUGGAUCAACAAAGAGCAGAAGACAGAGAGGCCAGGUGGAAAGGAGAAGUACAUCGCCAUCGCCUUCCUGAAAGAGGUGUUCCACCUGGAAUACGUCCAGGAUUUCCUAAUGGGGCUGCAGGUCAUCACCAUUCUUCUGAUGCUGAUACAGUUAGGAAAACAUUGAAAAGAUUGAAGGCCGUGUCUAAACAAGCCAAUUCAAACAGGCAAAGAGGACAGCUUGCUGCAGAAAGAGCAAAACAAGUGGAGGAAUUCCUACAGCGGAAACGUGAAGCCAUGCAAAAUAAAGCGCGGGCCGAAGGACACAUGGGUACUCUGCAAAACCUGACAGCUAUGUGUGGAGGCAGGCCCAGUUCUUCAAGAGGAGGGAAACCAAGAAACAAGGAGGAAGAGGAGUACUUGGCAAGAUUAAAGCAAAUAAGACUUCAAAACUUCAAUGAACGCCAACAAAUUAAGGCUAAACUUCGUGGUGAAAAGAAUGAUCCUGAUGACUUCAAAGGACAAGAAGGGAAUGAAGAAAUAGAAAUUAGACGCAAAAAAAUAGAAACACUAAAGGCCCAAGCAAAUGCUCGAGCUGCUGUAUUGAAAGAACAACUAGAAAGAAAGAGAAAGGAAGCAUAUGAGAGAGAGAAGCGAGCUUGGGAAGAACAUUUGAUAGCUAAAGGCAUAAAAAUUGCUAAUGUACCUUCCAGUGAGAAAGCAACAGCCCCUGGUCAUUGCCAGGAACAGCAUGAACCAAGCAGCCCUCCUUCCCAGUUACAGGUGAAGCCUAAUAUGCCAGCUAUCUCCAUCACAUCAGCUUUGAAAGAAGUAGGUGUGGAGAGAAGUUUAAUUGAUAUUCAGGAAACUUCUGAAGAAAUGAAAAUGACUGAUAAUGCUCUUUCAAAUAAACGAGAGAUACUGCGUAGACUAAAUCAAAACCUCAAAGCUCAUAAAGAGGAAGAAAAGACACAAAUCUCUGAAGUUUGUAAAAUAACUAUGAAUGAAGACAUUGAGGAUCAUCAGGAAGAAAAAUCUGUAUCAUCAGAACGUAAGAAAUGGGAGGCAGGAAAUCAACUGGAAAUUCCUCUAGCCAAAUUAACCAUGGAAGAGACUUUUCCUACAGAACUUACCGUGGGAAAUGUUAUUAAACUAGAUAUUGAGGGAUCUCCAAGAAGAACCUGGGGGAAGAGCCCAACAGAAUCUGUUCUGAAGAUUCUUGGAGAAGCUGAGCUACAACUUCAGACACAAUACUUGGAUGAAAUAACACUUAAAAAUGAGGCCUCUGAAGGAAAAAACUACAAAACCUUAGUCUUGGGGGAAAAAGAAAUACAAUUUGUUCCUGUUGAUAAAGAUCCUUCACCUGUUGUUGAUAAAGCUGAUAUGAAAGCCUCUGAAGAGCCAAAACUUAAGGAAGCAGAUGAAUUUUUACAGAUGGCAUUAAAACCAGUUGUGAUAGAAGAAAAAUUGGAUGAACCUGAUGAUUUGGAAGUAGAAAUCUUAGAAGGAUCAAGUAAAGCUAACAAAAAUAUUGACUUGCCUUGCUCUAUUAACGAGGUGUGGCUUAGAGACUCAGAGGAAACAGACUUGAAGAAUAAAAUGAUGAAACAAAAUGAUUUUGAAGCACCUUCUGAAAGAAGAGAUCUGAGUGAAAUGGAAUCACCUAGUAAAGUUCAGAAAGAACCUGGUAUAGAUGAUUCUGGGCAACCUGAACCUAAUCUGAAGAAGUCUCUGCAGGCUGAACCAUUUUUUCACAAAGUCGAUCCUUUUGAAGCCUUGAAAAAAGCUGCCUUUAUUCCAUCAGGUCAUCUUACACAACAACAAUCUUUUCGGGCCCGUUCUGACUCACCAGUAAAAAGUAAAGGCAAGAAUUCAUUGCUAAUUGGACUUUCUACCGGUCUAUUUGAUGCAAAUAAUCCAAAGAUGUUAAGAACAUGCUCCCUUCCAGAUCUCUCUAAGUUGUUCAGAACACUGAUUGAUGUUCCCACUGUGGUAGAUGUAUGUCGAGACAAUCUUGAAAUAGAAGACACUGAAGAAGAACCUAUUAAAGAAGCACCUUCUGAUGGUGAAGAGAUGAUAUUUGGGGAGGCAGACCCAGAUUUACAGGAGCUUCAGGCCUCUAUGGAACGUUUACUUCGAGAACCUAGUGAAGAAUAUAGUGAAGCACCUAAUGAAGAAUCUAGUGAAGAAGAAGAAACUGCCUUAAAGUCCGUCAAUGAGGGACAUGUAACAAAUGGCACAGAACUUGCUGAUGAGGAUGACAACAUAAGCAGUGAAAGUGCUCUCAAUGAAGAGUGGCAUUCAGAUUACAGUGAUGGUGAUAUUACCAGUGAAUGUGGGGAAUGUGAUAGUGUCUUUAACCAUUUAGAGGAACUAAGACUUGAUCUGGAGCAGGAAAUAGGCUUUGAUAAAUUCAUUGAAGUUUACGAUAAAAUAAAGGCAAUACAUGAAGAUGAAGAUGAGAAUAUUGAGAUUUGUUCAACAAUAGUUCAGAAUAUUCUGGGAAAUGAACAUAAGCAUCUCUAUCCUAAGAUCCUUCAUCUAGUCAUGGCAGAUGGAGCCUAUCAGGAAGAUAAUGAUGAAUAAACUUGACUCAGGAUAUUCUCUUGCCUUCUGCUAUGGGAAAUCAUUGGAAUUCUGCCCAGCAGAAUAACAGGAUUCAGUCAGAAAUGUAGCAAAGACACUAUAGAACAAGAACAUCGCUAUUAAGAUGGGCAUGCUGAUUGCAUGAAGGAGCCAAGAAAACAUACCAUUUUAAAAUUAAAAUAUUAGUGCUUUGUGUUUUUUCUUUGUUCCUUGAGUUAAAAAGUUAGUUUCUGUUGAGUGUGUGUGUGUGUGUGUGUGUCUAUAAGGAGACACAUACACACUUCAUGUCACACCAUCCAAAACUUAACAACGACCCUCGACCAGGAAUGGACUUAAUGGUUUUAAAGAAUAUUUAUCAUGAAAUAAGGUAGCAUCAGCUGUUGUGGUAUGGCUGAAAAAGAAUGACCCAUAUUGUGAAAAACUCGCCUGUCACAUUAUAUUCAAGUACUUAGACAUAUUUUUUUCCUAGACAAAUGCUAAAAGGCAGUUUCUGGUGUUUGUUGGUUUUUUUAAUGAGCUAAAUAUACUAAAUUAAAUAAUCUUGUUAAGAUUCCUGUUUGAAUACUUAACAAUUUUGAGGAUGCGGUCUGUAUCCUACUCUAUACUGUAACCAAAAAUGUAUGUUUUUCCAACAGUAUCACCCAAACCAACUUAAUAGAUACAGAUUGAGGCACUGUUCUAGAGAUCAUUGAAAGGUUUGAUUUGCAAAGGAUAGAUGGAAAAUUUUAUUCCUUGAUGUUCAGAAAGUAUAAUAGUUUCUUCCAGUUAUUUUAUAUUUGGACCAGAACCCACAGAAGUACUUGAAAAUUUGCCUGCUUUUGUAACAUUGACCCAACAUGGAGCUUAAAAGCAGCAUCUCCCUGGUUUUCAUCUCUCAUCCACAGUUGCUACAAGGACAAUGAAUUAAUAAAAAGAAACUUCUCCAAUCCCCAUUUUUACUUCAGCAUAAUCAUUUCUUGCAAUCAGCAUCUCAGUGGGAAAAGAUCAUUUGAUGGUUUCCUCUAUUUUCAUUACAAGAAGAUCCAGGUUUCACAAAGUCAAGUAGUUUUUUUUCCUUUGAGGUGAUAGCUGCACAGUACAAUCUCUACCUGCAACAGGGCCAAGAAUUAGAUAGGAAAUAUUUGACAUCCAGAUAGAGGAUGUAAACCUUUGAGCAAAGGCAGCCUGAUUGGCAAAAAUCUCAGAGUUAAAAAUAAAAAUAGUCUUGACAGCAGCAUUCCGUUGAAGUUAUUAUGUAUAUUAUUUUUAACAUUCAAAAAUAAAUACUUGAUUUUUGUAUAUUUGUUUACUUUUGUGAAGUUACUAUUAAAUUUUUUCUUACCUGAA